UAAAAUAUAUUGAAAUGUCACCAGGCAAAACCAAGUAUCAAGAGUCUUGGCAGAACUCAAGAAGUCCUUCCAGCACUCCGUUUUCUGUGUCUUCGCCAAAUCGGGGGCAUUUAUUUCCACGUGGAGGCAACCUUGGCUAUAACUGCGAUGCUGUUGGUAAUAUUUCUGGAAGUGCACAGCAUUUCUCCCCUACAGGAAGGCAGUCACCAACUUGCAUCCAAGUAUCAGAAAGUAUUUCCAUUCCACAACGAGAUCAGAAGAACUUUGCAUCCUAUGGUUCAAAUUCUUCCCUAGCUUCCUCUCCAGGCAUCCUGCAACUCAGGAGGAUGGCCCAGCGAUGCAGUGAGGCAUCAAUGCUUUCAACAAGUCCUGGGUCAGACACCAGUUACAUUUUUGGAAGCAGCAGCAGACAAUCAUUAUCCAACCAUGAAUUUGACACAUCUCUAACUAGGUCAAUAGGAAGUCCCUCCUCUGUUGAAUCCCUGACAGGGUGUUACGUUACAUCCAACAGCCCUGGUUCUUUCUUCCCCAGGGCCACAUGCUCCCAGAAAGAGAAUUCUCCUCUAACUCUGCCAUACCAGAAGGGACAAACCCACACCUACAACCAUUCUCUUUCAUCUGUUACAAACCCCCCAUUCCCAAUCCCUAUAGUGCUCAUCAAUGGUCUCCCAGAAGAGAGUGGGACACCUACUCAACUUUCCAGGGGCUGCUCCAGUUCCUUCAAAGAUAAGAUGCCUAAGACCAAUUCCAGCAGUUCUUCAGGAGUUAAUGGUCUAAACAAUUCCUAUUCUGACAACUCAAGUUCCUCCACUUCAUCUCUGGAUGGGUAUUCCAAAGAAGCCCAGACAACUAUGAAGUUUGUGAUGGACACCUCUAAAUCUUGGUUCAAACCUAGCAUCACAAGAGACCAAGCUAUCCAACUGCUGAUGGACGAACCACCAGGGACAUUUAUUAUGAGGGACAGCACAUCUUAUCCUGGCUCAUUUGGCUUAGCCCUGAAAGUCUUCAGCAACAAAACAGGAGAAGAUGCUGGUAACCACAUUAGACACUUCCUCAUUGAGUCUUCUCCCAAAGGAGUGCAUCUUAAGGGAGCGGAAGAAGAGCCCUAUUUUGGAAGUCUCUCAGCAUUUGUAUAUCAACACACCAUUAUGCCAUUAGCACUACCCUGCAAACUGAUUAUUUCUAGCCAAGCUUUUCUCGGUGAUGAAAAUCCAGCCCUUAAUUCAGAAGCUGCUCUUCUUUUGUCUCAAAAAGCUGCUGUAUGUAAUCUCCUGUAUCUGCACUCGGUGACUAUGGAAACCCUCACUGGCAAAGCUGCAGUUCAAAAAGCUGUAUCUUCCACUUUUGAACAAGAGAUGCUGCCUACGCCCACCAUUGUCCACUUCAAAGUUACUGCAUUAGGAGUAACUUUGACUGACAUCCAGAGAAAGAUCUUCUUCAGAAGGCACUAUCCAUUGGCUACCAUCAGUUUUUGUGACCUGGAUCCUGAAAAUCGAAAGUGGCAAAAGUUUUCCAAAACUUCAAGGAUCUUUGGUGUUGUUUCCAAGAGCCCAGCUGAUUCCGAGAAUAUUUGCCACCUCUUUGCAGAAUAUGAUGCUGUGCAUCCCGCUUCUCACAUAGUUGAUUUCAUCCAGAAACUUCUCCUUGAUGUCUAAGGCCGCCACAGUACUGAAAUGUCUGUUUCUAGCAAAUUCUUUGCCUUGUGCAGUGUGCCAAACGAUGUUACCUCUUCAAGCUGCUGUAUUGUGUUUUGAGGCUGCAGAUUGGUUUUUAUCAAUAGGAUACUACUUAAGAUUGUUGGUAUCAACCUUCGUAAUCUCCAGACCCCCCCCCCCAAAAAAAACAAUCACUGGCUGGGGAUUGAUCAAUCUGAAAAAAUCAAUAUCUGUUGAUUUAAUAUCUGUUCCCUCCAUUACAAUAGAAUUGUUGUAAUGAGAAAUGAGAGGACUUUAUGGGAAUGGUUUAACAGAGAACCAGAAGAAUUAUUCUAUCCUAUCUGCAGAUAGACUAGCAUUGUAUUUUCUGACCUUCUGUUUUCUCAUAAACCUAUCUAUCUUAUUGGAAAAGAUACUUUUUACAAUUGGUGUUGCUUUUUUAUUUAACAACUCAAGUACUGGGAAUAAGAGUGCUAAUAGUAAUGUAAUAGAUUAUUGACACCAUUUCAAUGCCUUUUUGAUAUACGGUAUAUUAUGUUUCACUUCUUCAUUUAUUGUAACGGCCAGUGGGGAAGUCCAAUAAACUAAAUUUGCAACCUACUUCGUGCUGAAAUGAAAUUGAAAUGUAAUACACAUGCAAUUUU